CUUGUACUCUUCAUCCCUCGUCUUACGUUAUAUUAUUCCUAGUUUCCUUGACAUAAAACAUCGUAGGUCAUCCAUGGCUGCCAUCUCUAAGGCCUUCGUUGCUUCAAUUCUCCUUCUGUUUCUCACAGCACACGUGGCUCAAGCUUAUGAGACUACGACGGCCGUGCAUGGAGGAGCUGCCGGCGGCCGCUCUCUUCUCGGGACGAUAGAUUGUGGGGCGUCGUGUGACGCAAGGUGCAAGCUGUCGUCGAGGCCGCGGCUGUGCAAACGGGCGUGCGGGACUUGCUGCGCCAGAUGCGGCUGCGUUCCGCCGGGAACCUCCGGCAACCAGGAUGUGUGCCCCUGCUACGCUAGCCAGACCACUCACGGCGGCAGACGCAAGUGCCCUUAAUUCAAUUUACGUGUGGUUACUUGCAUGUUUCAAUUCAUUUGUGGUCGUGUUUACCAACCUCCAUCAGCUCCAUAUAUAUUAAGUAUAAGUUAAUAUAUAUCAUCUGGACCAGAAAAUAAACACUACUAUAUUUAUAUAUAUAUGAUCGAGAACUCGAUAUGAACAUCAUGUAUGUACGUAUAUUAUAUAUAUAAUAAUGUAUUUUGUAUUAAUUAAUUAUUAAAUAAAAGUGUGUUGGUGUGUAUA